GUGGAAUGACGCUGUAGUCCAGGCUGCCGUUAUGUAGCAGGAACCGCGUCUGCUCGACAUUGAGGAAAAAUGGCGACCAGAGUCCUUCAGAGCCUGAGGAAGGGCCUUCACCAGGCUAAUAACGCGUUAGGACCGAAACAGCAGGCGGCUUUAACUAUCAGAACUCUGUCUGCGUCCUCGAACCUAAACCGUGAGGACAGCUGGUUUAAAUCUCUCUUUGUGAGAAAGGUUGACCCCAGGAAGGACGCGCAUUCUCACCUGCUGGCCAAGAAAGAAGACCUUAACCUGUAUAAAAUUCAGUUUCACAAUGUCAAGCCAGAGUGCCUUGAUGAUUAUAACAAACUUUGUGAACAAGUCUUGCCCUCUAUCCACACCAACCCUGAUUAUCCGUGUGAGCUGGUGGGAACCUGGAACACGUGGUAUGGAGAGCAGGAUCAAGCAGUUCAUCUGUGGCGAUACAGAGGAGGAUACCCUGCUCUGACUGAGGUCAUGAACAAACUCAGGAAGAAUACGGAGUUCAUGGAGUACAGAGAAAAGCGAGGGAAGAUGCUGCUGUCUCGCAGGAAUCAGCUGCUGCUUGAGUUCAGCUUCUGGAACGAGCCUGUGCCCAGAGACGGGCCCAACAUUUACGAGCUCAGAUCCUACCAGCUCCGGCCUGGAACCAUGAUCGAGUGGGGAAAUUACUGGGCUCGGGCUAUUGAGCUCCGACAGCAGAACAACGAGGCUGUGGGAGGCUUCUUCUCUCAGAUCGGGAAUUUGUACAUGGUGCAUCACCUGUGGGCCUACAAAGACCUGCAGUCAAGGGAGGAAACUAGAAACGCUGCUUGGCAGCAUGAAGGCUGGGACGAAGUUGUCUACUACACGGUUCCUCUGAUCCAGCACAUGGAAUCGAGAAUAAUGAUUCCACUGAAGACUUCACCCCUGAAGUAGCUUCUUCACAGAAGACAAAAAAAUCAAAUCCAUUUUUAUUACAAGAUCCCAAUCAGAUUUCAGUCAGAUUUUGCACUGCAGUGGAUCUCUGCUCGGUUUUGGAAAACUUUUUUUCUUCUUCUUCUCUUUUUGCAUCUAAAAAUUGAUGUUUACUGAUUAGAUUUAUUUGCUUCCAUUUUGGUCAGAAUUUCUCAACAAAACAGAGACGAAUAACUUAAACCCUUAUCUUAUUCACGUCAUGAAACCUCGCUGCUGUUUUGUUUUCAUUUUAGUUUCGACCGUCACUUAGUUUUGGGAUGUCUCUCUCCCCCCCCCCCCCUUUCCAACAUGCUUGUUUUUUUUUGUUACACUAUUAUUUUUUUAAUGCGUGUGUGUGUUCACAUAUAUCGAGUAGGAGACACGGAUCAAAACGUCCUGACGUGGAGUCGAUACGUCUUUUUCUUCUGCAUAUUUACUGUAGUUCAGUUUUAUAACUGUAAGAAUAGAUCUGUAAUAGAAACUGAAACCGUGUGUGUGAUCUAGUCAGAGUCUUGUAUACAGAAAUGAAGGUCUAAAACAAAGACACGUUAAAUAAAACACAACACAUUUUUCUGUAAGAAACCCAAGACUCUGUAGUUUCCUCUAUAUCGAUUGUGGAUAUAAGAAUGCGGUGUAUAGUUGAAUUGAUUAUGAAGUGUGAAAACGGCUUAAAUGUGACGACCCUUUCAGCUGGGGUUCGUUCAGUCCAAUAAAUUUCACAGAAUAUUCUUUGGUUUGCAGACGUUGUUUUGUCUAGUUCAUUAUCCAGUCACUGACUAAACUGCACCCAUGACUCGUGUAAAGAACCGUCACGUUCACACAAAAGUACCGAUUAUCAGAAAAGGUAGAAACUUUAUCUUUCCAUUUGGCCAAACUGACAGGAUGUAGUUCAACUCAGCCAAACUGACACUCUAUGUGGCUUAUGAAUGGAGUUGUACCUUAUAUUUAAUGUGGUUUUAUUUAAUAUCCACUGCUUUGACGAGAUUAGAUGUACAUACUGAAAUAAAUUUAUGAUUGAACUAAAAA